AUGUGGAGCUCAAUCUGUACCGCGUUAAACCUCCCUGAAACAAAACCCAUUAGUCUCACAAGACUGACUCGCCACACUUCAUCUCCGAGCGCCGGUAAGCCAAGACUUCUGCGUGUUGACUUGCAGCCAGGCCCGGCUAUGGAGGAUGUCCUGUUGUCAGCACACCUACUCCGAAACAAUGCGUCUCUCGGCAUUUACCAAAUUCGUAUCUUCCCCGACAUCCCUUGGACUAAGCGCGCUGCGCGCAGACAGCAACUGACGCCACCCACUCAACCAUGCUCCAUCAUCGUGCAUGGCGUCCCAGAACUGCAUGCCCUUGACGCAACCUUACAACAACGACAACAGCAUGACUGUAAUCAAUGGCGGUUCCUUCAGCAGACACUAAAUAUUGUCAACGUAAUCACAACGGACGUUCACCGCCUACCUCGUCCAGCAAGUUAUACAGGAACAGCCCCCCAUCUCCUGAAAGUGACAUUCCUCACCGCUAG